CAUUUUUUUAAUUACAUGACUUGAAAUUAAUUUCUACCCAUUGUUUAUAAAAAAAUCAGUAAUUUUUUUUAAAAUGCAUGACCUUAAAAAAUAUCAACAUGUGUAUAUUAUUAUAUAUAAACAAUGUCUGGAAUAAAAAUUGUAAUAAGCCACAAAAUAAUCAAUUAAUAAUUAAACUUGGGCUAGAAAUGAGUGAUGUGAUAGAAAUAUACGAAAAAAAUAUAUGGGGAUAAGAUUCAAACUUCUAGCUCCUUUAUUAUAUAGAUAGUGUUUGAUCAAAAAAAAAAUUAUAUAUUGUAACUGGUACUGGGAUUCAACUAUGAUUUGUGCAUGUUUUCUUGUGCUUUCUUUGUUGUAUGCACAUAACAAUGUUUCCUUUUUUUUAGCACUUAUGAAAUUUUCUGAUUUCUGCAUCUUACAUAUUGCGGUUCUGUGGUUUUGCUGCAGGACAGAAGGCCACGUGAUUUUUUUGAACCAACUGGGAUUAUUAAAUUUUUUGUGUUGAAAUUAGUUUGUUAGUUUUAUAAGGGGUACACAAGAUGGGCAAAUGCAAGGGUUGUGGGAAAUUAGGAAGAAUGCUACUGAGGGAUGGAUAUGUGAGUGCUUACCACUUUUCUCUUUUGCUAUGUCCUGUUGUUUCUGUUUGGGAGUGUAUUGUUCGUAAAAUGAGGUAUUCCUUCAGACCCGAGUGCGUGUAGGUGUAAGUGUCAAGAUCUUAACGUCAUAGUGAUUUUCAAUUGGGGAAUUAAUUAGCAGUAAUUAGUGUUAAAUAAAAAGGAAAAGGAAAAGGAAUCAUUUAUAGAGAUAAUGUCUGUGUCAUAGAUAAGUUUCAUGUGAAAAAAAAAAGUUGCAGUGGGAAAAAUUGAGCGGACGGGACAGUAGUUACAGAGCUUUGUGUUAUUGAAUAAGAUGGAUUGUGCAAAAGCGACAUCUGAUGUUAGAAAGGUGAAGAAGAAGCAAGUGAGGGAUGAGUUGGAUCGUAUCAAACGAGCUGCAAAGAAAAAGAGGCGUUUAGAAAAAGCAUUGGCUACUUCUGCAGCCAUCUGUUCUGAACUAGAAAAGAAGAAACUGAAAAAGAAAGAAGAACAACAGAGGCUUGAUGACGAGGGUGCUGCUAUUGCUGAGGCAGUUGCUCUGCAUGUCCUACUUGGUGAAGACUCGGAUGAUCCAUGCAAAAUCAUGAUGAAGAAGAAUGAGGGGUUCAACCCUUGGGAUUGUGGUAGCGAUUUUGAUCUCUUUGUGGGGGGAAGGAAAGCAGCCCUUACUCAUCAAGGCCUCCCGAAGUAUUCAGUUGAAGGAAUUGGAUGGGUUUCUGAUGCUCAUAUUUCUGGAUGCAAUUGGAAUAACUGGGGAAACAGCACCUGGACAGUUUCAUCUAAUCCUUUUGCGAUGGAUUUCCAGACACCAUACUUUGAUGAGGGAGGUUGGAGGACUUCAGAAAUCUCUGAAGAUCUUAUUGCAGCACAGGCAGUUUCGUCACUCCAAAUUGCAGAAGAUGCACACAUAGACGCCUUUGUCUUCAACCAGAUGUUUAGAGGGUAUGAUGAAAAGUCUUAGUUCUCUGGUUGAGUCACUUUGUGGCGUCUUUAGUAGUCCACAAUACUCAAUAAUGUUUUGUAUAUAUUUUCUGGUGCACGUGUCCUUCUUGUUUAUCGGAUAACCUGCUUGUAUCAUUCCAAACAUAAUUCGUUGUCAUGCUCUCGAGCUUUUGUCCCUUAUAUUUGCAUCUGAGUAUUUUUAAGUCCUUAAGACGUGGUUUUCUGUGUGUUGUACAAACCGGGUAUUCAACACAAGGUAAUGGCACUGGCAGUGGCAUGAGAAACAUCGGCAGU